CGUACUUGGCUGGACGCCUUGACCAUGGACAGGGACCCGAGUGAGGAGGACAGCGUGGCUGACCUCAGCUUUGAGGCUGAGAGUCCUGUGAUGCCCCCCGAUGAACUUCUGGAGGGAUUGCCCAGCUAUGACUGGCUUCUUCAAGGGCGUGGAAGGCAGGUCUUCUUCCCACCCUUGGAAGCCCCGGGAAGGUCCCUGGAGCCUGCAUGUUGGUCCUCAGUCCUGGAGCACAGCAGAGUCCCUGUGGUGACCGAGGAGGUGGCCCGUGAGGCCCUGAUCAGCUUCGUGAACUCCCAGUGCUGUUACAGCAGUGCGGCUGCUGGCAAUCUCGUUAUCCAGGAGCUGAGGCAGCAAACCCUCUGCAGGUAUCGCCUGGAGACCUUUAGCGAAUCUAGAGUCAGCGAGUGGACAUUUCAGCCUGUAACCAACCACUCGGUGGAUGGACCACAGAGAGGCACCUCCCCCAGGCUUUGGGAUAUGGAGGUCCAGGUGCCUCCGAUGUUUCAGGAAGACACCAGAAAGUUCCAAGUGCCCCACUCCUCCAUGGUCAAGGAAUGUCACAAAUGCCACGGGCGUGGCCGCUACAAGUGCAGUGGCUGUCAUGGGGCUGGCACGGUGAGGUGUUCGUCCUGCAGUGGCACCAAGCGCAAAGCCAGGCAGCCCCGGAGAUGCCACUUGUGUUCUGGCUCUGGCCGACGCAGGUGCAGUACGUGCUCUGGGAGGGGGAGCAAGACGUGUGCCACCUGCAAGGGGGAGAGGAAGCUGGAGCACUUUGUCCAGCUGGUCAUCAUGUGGAAGAACAGUCUGUUUGAGUUUGUGUCCCCACACCACUUCCCCUGUCCCGGGGAGCUGCUUGCCAAAGCCAGAGGGGAAAACCUCUUCAGGGAUGAGAACGCCACGGUGUACCCCAUUGUGGAUUUCCCCCUGCAGGACAUCUCUCUGGCCUCCCAGAGGGGCAUCGAGGAACACAGUGCCUUGCUGGCCUCCCGUGCUCGCAUCCUUCAGCAGCGCCAGACCAUUGAGCUGAUCCCCAUCACUGAAGUUCAUUACUGGUACCAAGGAAAGACUUCUGUCUACUACAUCUAUGGCACCGACCACCAGGUGUAUGUGACUGACUACCCUGAGCGAUACUGCUGUGGAUGCACCAUCCUCUGAUAGACACAGCUGUCCCCAGACCCCAAUGGUCACAUUUGACAAGGGGACAGCAGUACUCUUUUAGUUUAGUUAUGUUGGUGAUGUUGAACAACACCCAUGCAAACCCUGGAAUUCUUUCUGAACAGUUGGUUAAUCAUGUAUCAAGUGUCAACAGUUGAUGGAGCUCAUUUGGUGGGACCUAUGUUUAAGCCACAAGAAUUCUUCUAACCAAGUUCCUUUAGACUAAAGGAGGAUAUAUGAUAAAUGACAAAUAUAAUAGAUGGUGGGAGCUUUGCCUCUUUUCUCUGAACUAAAACCUCUAUCUGUGUGCGGGAACUGGUAUUGUUGAUCCCUGUUUUAGUUUGGACUUUGCUAUGAGCCUCUGGCCAUAGCAUCAUAGAGAUGCAAAAAAAGAUAUUCGCAGGUUGAUUUUCAGCACAACACCUUUGUUCCUAUCCUCUGGGCUGAAAGUGCUGAUGUAGACACCACUGGGAUGGUUCAAUUGUACUCUGCAGGUCUGAGGUCUCACCUGGAGGUUAGGAGGCCAGUGUGGUCCAAGGAUGGGCAUGCUAGAAAUCUGAAGGGUGAUUUAUGAAUACCCUAGUUAGCUAGUUGAUUAUG